AGUCGUCGGUCAUCGAUCUACUCGUGGCGUGCAAGUUGCAAUGGCCUGCCACAGUAAAUCAACAAUAAAAACGUACUCGGUAGGGUAUAAUAAAACCUAAUCCAUAGUACUCAAUUCGGCCCAAAUGAAUAGCCUGUGAACUCGCCUUUGUUGAAUCCUUACAGUCCCGAAAUGGAGCAUCGUCCCGUGUCCUGCUUCCUUGUGCCCUUCCUCCUCCUCUGCUUUAGCCUCGGCCUUCCGUGCUUCUGCGCCGCCGGCGACGAGCACUUUGUCUUCUCCGGCUUCGCCGGUGCCAACAACCUCGCCCUCGACGGCACGGCCACGGUCACCCCCCAAGGACUCCUUGAGCUGACGAACAACGAGGAGAAUAUCGAAGGCCACGCGUUUUUCCGGACUCCAUUUCAGUUCAAGGAGUCGCCCAAUGGCACGAUGCAGUCCUUCUCGGCCACCUUCGUCUUCGCCAUCGUCUCCGACUACCCCGGCGCCAUUAGUAGCGACGGCAUGGCCUUCCUCGUCGCCCCGAGGACAAACUUCUCGGACGCGGCGUCGGCUUCUCAGUACUUGGGCUUCCUCAACAGCACCGCCACCAACCACACCUUCGCUGUCGAGCUCGACACCGUCGACAACCUGGAGCUGGGAGACAUCGACAACAACCAUGUCGGUAUCCACGUCGCCAGCCUCUACUCCUUGCAAUCUCACGCUGCUGCCUUCUACGACGACAAGGACGGUAUGUUCAAGAACUUGAGCCUCAUUAGCGGCGAGGCCAUGCAGUUGUGGGUAGACUAUGAUGCGAAGGCCAAACAAAUCGAUGUCACUUUGGCCCCCAUGGGAGUGGCCAAGCCAUCAAAGCCUUUGCUCUCAAAAAUCUCUGACCUCUCAACUGUGAUCACUGAGCAAGCAUUUGUUGGUUUCUCUGCUGCGACUGGACCGAUCAAAUCGUGGCACUGUGUGCUCGCCUGGAGCUUCGCCAUGAACGGACCUGCUCCGGCCAUUGAUUUCAACAGGAUGCCAAAGCUGCCAAACUCCGGCCAUAAGACAGCUCUGUCAAAGAUCUUGCAGAUUGCAUUACCGAUAGCCGCUUCAACGUUAAUUUUGGCUACAUGCGUUGCAGUUAUCCUAAUCGUGCGAAGGCAGCUGACAUAUGCUGAGUUAAGGGAAGAUUGGGAGGUCGAGUUCGGGCCACACCGGUUCUCGUACAGGGAUCUGUUCCAUGCGACGGAAGGAUUCAAGAACAAGAACAUACUCGGCGUAGGAGGGUUUGGUAAGGUGUACAAAGGAGUGCUUCCCAAGUCUAAAUUAGAGGUUGCAGUGAAGAGGGUGGCCCAUGAUUCAAACCAGGGGAUAAAGGAGUUCAUCUCUGAAGUUGUCAGCAUUGGUCACCUGCGCCAUCGCAACCUCGUGCAGUUACUUGGUUAUUGUCGAAGGAAGGGUGAGCUUCUUUUGGUAUAUGAUUAUAUGCCAAAUGGUAGCCUCGAUAAGUAUCUGUAUGGUGAAGAGGACAAACCUAUACUAGAAUGGGCUCAAAGGUUUCAGAUUAUCAAAGAUGUGGCCUCUGGGUUGUUCUAUCUCCAUGAGAAGUGGGAGCAGGUCGUCAUCCACCGAGACAUCAAAGCAAGCAACGUGCUCCUCGACGGUGGAAUGGUCGCGCACUUGGGUGAUUUUGGCCUCGCGAGGUUGUACGACCAUGGCACCAGCCUACAGACCACGCAUGUGGUUGGCACCAUGGGGUAUAUCGCCCCCGAGCUCGCACGCACAGGCAAGGCGUCCCCUCUCACAGAUGUCUACGCCUUCGGCACGUUCCUCCUCGAGGUCACCUGCGGCCGGCAGCCGGUCAUCAACAGCGUGCAGCACGGCCGGAAGAUGUUGGUCGACCGGGUGCUCCAGUACUGGCGCAGAGGUGCACUCGCCGAGACAGUGGAUUCGAGGCUGCAAGGACACUACAACGCCGACGAGGCAUGCCUGGUGCUGACGCUUGGAUUAAUGUGCUCGCACCCGUUCCCAAGUGAAAGGCCUACCAUGAGGCAAGUCAUGCAGUACCUCGACGGAGACACGCCGCUACCAGAGCUGACGCCGGCGAGCAUGAGCUUGCUGAGCCUGAUGCAAAACGAAGGGUCGUUCGACCAGUCCGUCCUGCAGUAUCCAUGGUCGGCGACUAGCAUGAGCACGAUGACAGCCGGCAUCUCAGUUGGAAGAUGACGAAGUAUGUAGAUCGUAUCUUGAAGUGUAUGAGUAAGGCCACUUUGGUAGCUGUUCUUCUUGGUUGUGGUGCAAUAAGAUAUGUAUGGUGUAUUUGCUCACUUGUAAAUCCACACGUGGGGUUCACUCUUGUAAAUCCAUGGAAAAUGUAAUGGUUUUAUCAUUUUGUAAGUUGCUUGGUGUUUUGUGAAGUCCAUUAUUUCC